AUGACCAAAUUACGAGUGCUGCGACUCUAUGGGUGGCAUAGGAGGCUCAGUACACCCGCAAAAUCUUCACUUGCAGAUCCCGCCCUCCAGAUGCCAGGCUUUAACCAGCCACUCAAUAACAGAACUGGACCACACGAAUUUUUACCAAAUGUUUUGGACGAAGAUCAAAUGGAUGAUGACGGGUUCAAGUGGGAGAAAGAAAUGUCACGAGAGAAAAGCCGGGCUAAUCAAACCCCUUUAGUAAUCUCGUCACUCAUCGCGAGGUUUUAA